CGCAUUGAGGUUAUAAUUAUUGUCAUCUGGUACCACGGUGGUGGUAAACUGCGACGUAUUUAUAGUGAAAUGAAGAAGUAAUUGUACGUUUUUAGUGUUCAUAUAAGUGAUAAAGCUAAUCAUUCAAAAUGGUGCGGCACAACAAUCAACUGCCCAAUAAUUUGACGCAGUUACAGAACUUGAUCAAGAGGGACCCCGAUUCGUAUAAAGAAGAGUUUCAUCAACAACUUGCUCAUUUUGAAACUACUUUAGAAAUUUUCAACUUGAACCCAACCCAGUAUAACAAAAAGCUAGAUGAACAAUCCAUGUUCCUGGCGCAAGUAGCCCAGUGCUACCUCAACGAAAUGAAAUUAUUUCCCCAGAAGAUAGUGGAUAUUUUAAAAACUCACAACACUGUUCUUCACAAUGAUAUGCGCCUCUCUUUGUGCAAAUGCCUGAUUUUGUUAAGAAAUAAAAAUUUCAUCACAGCAUUUGAUUUAUUGGAACUAUUUUUCCAAUUGUUGAGAUGUCAAGAUAAACAUUUGAGGGAAUUUCUGAAAACACACAUCAUAACAGAUAUCAAAAAUAUGAAUACGAAACAUAAAGAUAUGAAGUUUAAUUCAACCUUACAGAACUUUAUGUUCUCCAUGUUACAAGAUUCAAAUCCCAAAGCAGCUAAGUUAUCUCUUGAUAUAUUAGUUGAAUUGUAUCAUAAAAAUAUAUGGAAUGAUCAGAAGACUGUGAACAUAAUAGCAGACAUUGGUUGCUUUUCUAAAAUAACUAAGGUGAUGGUGGCAUCACUGAAAUUUUUCUUGGGCCGAGACGAAGAGGAAAAGGAAGAAAAUUCUGACAGUGAAGAUGAAAUAGAUCCUAGAGACACAAUGAUUUCAAAUAAAUUCAAUAAGAAGACAAGAAAAAGGGAGAAAAUGGUCGAAAAAGUGAAGAAACAGGCAAAGAAAAUUAAAAAAAGAAAACAGAAGGCCCCAAUAUUUAACUUUUCUGCUUUGCACUUGAUAAAUAAUCCCCAAGGAUUAGCUGAAAAACUGUUUAAGAAACUGGAAUCAUCUAAUGACAGAUUUGAAGUUAAACUGAUGUUGCUGGAUGUUAUUUCCAGACUGAUUGGCCUACAUGACCUAUUCUUGUUUAACUACUACCCAUUCAUUGCCAGAUUACUUCUUCCUCAUCAACGGGAAGUAACUCGUAUCUUGUUAUUUGCGGCUCAAGCUUCCCAUGAACUCAUUCCACCAGAAGUCUUAGAACCAGUUAUGAAAGCAAUAGCUAAUAACUUUAUAACUGAAAGGAAUUCCACUGAUGUCAUGGCAGUCGGCUUGAAUGCAGUAAGAGAAAUAUGUGCUAGGUGCCCACUUGCUAUUGGUGAAGAUUUACUCAGAGAUUUAGUUCAAUACAAGAAUUACAAAGAAAAAUCUGUAAUGAUGGCUGCAAGGUCAUUGAUUCAGCUGUACAGACAGUCAAUGCCAGAUAUGUUACACAAAAAAGACAGAGGAAGACCAACAGAAGCGUCAAUUGAGCUGAAAAAUAAAAAAUAUGGUGAAAUGGAAAUCAAAGAUUACAUACCUGGUUCAGAGGUGUUGUUGGAGAAGGAAGAAAUUAAGGAUUCAGAAAAGAAAUCUAAGAAACCAAACAAAAAGAAAGAUGACUCAGAUAGUGAAGAUUGGGUUGAUGUGGGAUCUUCUGAUUCUGAAAUUAAUAUAUCUGAUAGUGAAGAAGACAGCAAUGAUGAAGAUGAAGCUGAAGGUGAAGUUGAAGAAAUUGGAGAAGAGGAAGAAAUAGAGGAGGAAGAAGGUAAUGAAGAGGGCAAUGGUGAUAAGGAAGAAAACACAAAUGAAGAAAAUAAAAAGGCACCAACCAAAAAUACCACAGACAGGAAAAUUUUAAAAGCCCAACGUAAAUCAUUGGAUAAAAAAAAUAAGGAAGAAAAGCUACAGAGUGCCAGAGAAAUAGCCAUGGAAACCAUUUUCACUGAUGAAGAUUUCAAACGUAUUGAAGCAGCACAACUGAAAAAAUCUAUAAGUGGCACUAAACGUAAAUCUGUUGUAAUAGAAGAAGAGAAUGAAUCAGGGGAACUAGUACAACUGUCUGCCAUAGAAAAUAUUCACAAAAAAAGGAAACAUGAUAAGGAUGCAAGAUUAGACAGUGUUAUGAAAGGACGAGAAGAGCGAGACAAAUAUGGAUACAAAGAUAGGAGGAAGAAUAUCCAUUGCUCUAAAACUAAUAGGGAGAAAAGGAAAACCAAAAACUACCAGAUGGUUAAACACAAGGCAAAGGGCAAGAUCAAGAGAUCUUUCAAGGAUAAGCAAAUUGCAUUUAGAAAUUAUUUGAUCAAACAAAAGAAGAUGCGCUAAUUUAUGCUUUUGGAACAAUAAAAUAAAUAUCUAUUU